AAACAGUGGGCUACCAUGAAGUGCGCCCCAGUAGCUCAAGUGUUUCUCUGUAGCGAUAGAGCUAGCAGGAAGUGUAGCCUGGGUGCCUUCACUCGUCUCAUCAAUGCAGCUUUCAUUCUCCCUCUGUGGGGCAAGAUGGAAGCUGUACAAAAGGACUGCUGGUACUUCGUGGUACUUAUCUUUCUCCCUUUUCUUAAAGUUGCUGUCCAGCAGAGAAUGACUGCUACAGUUAGGCUGGAGGAGGGGAUGGUUCUGCAGUGCUUGUGCCCCUGGGAUGGCAACCUCAGCAUGGUGUCUUGGACAAAAAGGUCAGAAAAAAAUCCAGUGGCUGUUUACCACCCUGAUUUUGGAGUGGUUUUAUCACAUCGUUUCGAUGGGAGAGUGGAGUUCCUGAAGAACGGUCCCAUGGAUGGCAGUAUUUCCAUACGGAACGUUACCCAUCAGGAUAUCGGGCUUUACGAGUGCUCUGUUCAGACCUUCCCUCAGGGACCCUGGACCUGGCUCAUUCAGGUGGAGGAUUUAGAUGAGCCACCGGAGGAAGACCCCACAGAGCCCACUCCCACACAGGAGGCCGUUUCAAACGAAGAGCUGCUAGUAGAGCAGAACAGCAACCUGACCAUCAGAUGUAACUAUCAGCAUAAUGGCACCGUUAACCAGGUCAUAUUGGAGAGGAUGCUGCACGGCCAGUCGUGGACCAUUGUUGGAGUGUGCAAGAAGGUGGAGGAAGGCCUGGUGGCGGAGGACUACAGCGACAGGGGCCGGGUCAGCUGUGAGGACAGCCUGGAUAUGAGUCUGCACUUAACUGACGUGACACAGGAAGACAACGGUUUCUACCGCUGUACUUUUAACACCGAUGUAGGACAGCAAACUACCACCAUGCAGCUCACCACUGUGGCUUCAGGUUGGUUCAGCCUGUCGUUAUACAUGAUGUACAUUUACAUCGGGGUUGCAGCUGCUGGACUCUGUCUACUUAUUGCCAUCGUCAUAGUAGUAAUGAGGCACAGAAAGAGGAACAAGAGAAAGGAGUACAGAGUCAAACUGCACCCAUCCCAGAGACAGCCAAACUUCUAUGAGAACAUCCCCAUGUGUCCCAGGAUAAAGAAGUCCAGACAGAUCAGAAACUGUCCCGUUUAUGCCAACGUACAGACUGUCCGAUCCAUGAAAACCACAUCGCACCAACGACAGCGUAAUAAAUAAACACACGCACGAACGCGAGGUACUGGAUGAUGUUGAUCUGUCACAGCUUUGUGUGCGUGCGCCUUCCAGCCUUUCACAAACAAAGCGCAUCAAAGUUUAUCUGAGAAAAAAGAAGAAAUCUACCUGUGUUGACAUGAACAAAUAAUUUAUUUGAUAUCUUGUAAUUAUAUGCGUGGAUCACGCUGACACUGAUUAGCAUUCACGCCGUGGUUUCAAAUGAGCUAACAAGUUGGUGCUUAUCUGCGAGUCAGAACGCUGACAGGGGCUGUUUGGGUCCAGCCUUGCUCCCUCUAAUUAAAUGUAGUAUGUACUGCAUAAUUACUGUUGAGGAAAUAUUUGUUUUGGCCAUAACAGUAUUUGACAGUAACAAUCACGCAGAAGACAAGACAAAGGGCCGUGUAAUCGUUCUUUUCACUUCUCUAACCCUCGAGUAAAACGACUGACAAAAGCCUUUGUAAUUGCCCUCCUUUUUACUUUCAUCCCUCCUGGUUUCCAUUCAGGGAUUGACAAUGGUGUCUAAUCAUCUAACGGAAGAGAAAAGCAGUCACUCAGCACUGUACCAUCACUUGAGACCGUUUCUUACCCCAACGGGCUCUGUGUCUGGGAUGGCUGCAUUCUAGUUACAUCACACUCUUCGCGCAGGAGCUAAGCUCUAAUUAGCUAAUCCUGUGCUUAGUUUGUAGCUCCUCAGACUUUGUGUGCCUGCUGUUUAUUGAUGAGUGUUUGUUCCUGUCGUUGUUCUCCUGUUGUAAAAAUGAUUUUAUGAUAAGCUGUCAAAAGUUUUCCAAGCUGUAUUUAUUGUUUUGUUUCCAGAGUUUUUCCGAGCUUGCUUUCGUAAAUCAAUAUUUAGGGUUUAUGAUGCUGUAGUACUGUUAAGCCGUGUGCUGUUUGUGUAAUCUAAUUCAUUUAUCUCCAUAGAAAUGGAGGCAGUGGCAGAGGCAGUAAUGGAUAUGCGGGCUAUUCCGCUAAGAACAAGAAAAAUGUGGAACAUAAAGGGACAAUAUAAUCAGUUUGUUUUUUGCUUUCAAUUCGCUUCCAAUUCAAGAAUCUGCAACUGUACAUUCGACUGGGAUGGCACUAAAGCGAGCGUGACCAACCAUACUGAAACUGAUGUGUGUGACUGUAAACGAUUUCAUGUGGUACGAAUAAAACUGUGUCACUGCCUCUGCUUCCUUUUGUUUUCCUGUGUUAGGUGUAGUUGAGUUUGUAGACUAAAUGGACAGAAUCAUCGAUGACUGUAGUCGUUUCUAAGAAAGCAAAUCAUUUCCUGUAACCCACAAAGAGGUACCAGGUGACACGUGGGCAAAAGAUGAGCCGUGAUGAUCUAAAAAGGAAAGCAGCCCCCAUAAAAAUCCAGCAUUUUGCAAAGCGGCGAAUGACUGCAGAGUCUGUUCGAUUUCAUCAGACAAUUUGCGAGAUGUCUGCCAAUUUGAACGCCUAUAUAUAUCAUUUACUGCAGGUGGA